GGACUACUCUUCUCCACUCACGAGUGCCUCAAAAUACCAUCGGAUUUGGUCCGGCUGUGGCUGCAUGAAGCGGAGAGGGUUUACUAUGACAAACUUGUGGAAGACAAAGAUCAAGAGACCUAUAUCCGGGUCAUGAUAGCGAAUUGCAAGAAAUUCUUUGAGGAUCUGGGUGAAAAUAUUAUCUUUGCAAAGCCCAACAUUUUUUGCCACUUUGCUCAGGGCAUUGGCGAGCCAAAGUAUUUGCCUGUUUCUAAUGUACAGAGUUUGAAUAAGCUGCUUGUGGAAGCCUUGGAUAGCUACAACGAGGUCAAUGCGGUGAUGAAUUUGGUGCUGUUUGAAGAUGCUGUGUCCCAUGUCUGCAGGAUCAAUCGCAUCUUAGAGGCUCCCAGAGGCAAUGCUUUGCUAGUGGGGGUUGGAGGCAGCGGCAAGCAGAGCCUGUCUCGACUGGCUGCCUAUAUUAGCUCCCUGGAUGUCUUUCAGAUCACUCUGAAGAAGGGCUAUGGCAUUCCAGACCUCAAGGCUGAUCUGGCUUCCCAGUACAUCAAAGCUGCUGUGAAGAAUACCCCUACCGUUUUUCUUAUGACCGACUCACAGGUUGCUGAAGAGCAGUUUUUGGUUUUGAUCAAUGACUUCUUGGCAUCUGGUGAGAUCCCAGGGCUAUUUCAGGAUGAUGAAGUAGAAAAUAUUAUUGGCUCCAUGAGGCCUCAGGUAAAAUCAAUGGGCAUGCAGGAUACUCGUGAAAACUGCUGGAAAUUCUUCAUCGACAAAGUCCGAAAACAACUAAAGGUAAUCCUCUGUUUCUCUCCUGUGGGAUCUACUCUCCGUGUGAGGGCCAGAAAGUUUCCUGCUGUAGUGAACUGCACAGCUAUUGACUGGUUUCAUGAAUGGCCUGAAGAUGCCUUGGUGUCUGUCAGUGCAAGAUUCCUAGAGGAGAUUGAAGGGAUUGAGCCUGAGGUUAAAACCUCCAUCAGCCUGUUUAUGUCCUAUGUCCAUACAACAGUCAAUGAAAUGUCCAAGAUCUACCUGGCCACUGAAAGGCGCUAUAAUUAUACCACCCCGAAGACCUUCCUGGAACAGAUCAAACUUUACCAGAACCUCCUAGCUAAAAAAAGAAAGGAACUGAUUGCUAAAAUUGAGAGGCUGGAGAAUGGCUUAAUGAAACUCCAAAGUACGGCUUCGCAGGUUGACGAUCUGAAAGCCAAACUUGCUGUUCAGGAGCUAGAGCUUAAGCACAAGAAUGAAGAUGCUGACAAACUGAUUCAGGUGGUAGGAAUUGAAACAGAUAAAGUGAGCAGGGAAAAAGCAAUUGCUGAUGAAGAGGAACUCAAAGUGCAAGUCAUUAACAUGAAUGUAUCAGAAAAGCAAAGGGCUUGCGAAACUGAUUUGGCUAAAGCUGAACCAGCACUGAUUGCUGCUCAGGAAGCUCUGGAUACUCUCAAUAAGAACAACCUGACAGAGCUGAAGUCCUUUGGAUCUCCUCCAGAAGCAGUGGUUAAUGUAACAGCAGCAGUUAUGAUCCUUACUGCUCCAGGUGGCAAAAUACCAAAAGACAGAAGUUGGAAAGCAGCAAAAACCAUGAUGGGCAAAGUAGACACUUUCCUGGAUUCCCUGAAGAAAUAUGACAAAGAACACAUUCCGGAACCUUGCCUGAAAGCUUUUAAACCGUUUCAGAAUGACCCAACAUUUGAUCCCGAGUUUAUACUCUCCAAGUCCACAGCUGCAUCUGGUUUAUGUUCUUGGUGCUUAAACAUUGUCCGCUUCUAUGAAGUCUACUGUGAUGUGGCACCUAAGCGGCAGGCCUUGGAAGAGGCUAACGCAGAACUGGCAGAGGCACAAGCCAAACUCACGAUGAUUAAAAAUAAGAUUGCAGAUCUAAAUGCCAACUUAGCUAAUCUGACUGCUGAAUUUGAAAAGGCCACAGCUGCGAAAAUCAAGUGCCAGCAAGAGGCUGAUGCAACUAACAGAGUCAUUUCAUUGGCUAACAG